UCUUGGAUGCUGAAAAGGAGAGUUUUUCGUAAGUGCGAGUGGCCGAAGCUUUUCGUGAAUUAAGCUUGCGUCCGCCGUAACGUUAGUCGAACGAAUAAUUUCGUUGCAUACGCAACAAAUAUCUGUGUGCGCGGGUCGUGGGCGUGUGCGUGGCAGUUUCGGUCUUUGUUUAUAUGUAUGUAUGUAUAUAUCAGUUUGUCGCCUUAAACAACAUCAUGCAUAUGCAAAUCGCGUAAAGUACGAAAAACAAAUUGCUAUUGCUUGAUACGUGUGUGACCAAACAGCUUAAGUGCGGCAGCAUUUCUCGACACGUGCACUUACAUUGUAUAAUAGUUUAAAAAUAGCACCAAAACGUCAUUAUCUAAACAAUCGCAACUAAAAUGAGACAACAAUGUCAGGGCGCCUUCAAGCAAUUGGUGCGUCACUGGCAAGAGCAGCAUCCCGGUCAACAUAGUUUGUUUUGCCGUCGGCUAGCACAUAGUCCCACCAGCUACUUCACCUGCACAAACAACAGGACCCACCUGCUGCUGCACAGACCCACCGUGUGGCAGCAGGAUCAGCAUAGCAAAACGUUCAGUCAGUCUAGCUUCAAUCAGUCCAAGUUUAGCACACAUCUCAGCACAGAGCGCGCCAUGGAACUGAUAUGCAAUCUGGACGAGGAGGAGCGAAUAAAUCUACGUCAGGCUAUGGUCAAAAUAGACGCUGAAAAGGAGAAAAAACAGUAUGAAAGUCAACUGGCCGUUAGCAGUUGGCGUACUCGGUUUGGACGUCUCUCCCAUAAGCCAACACUCUUUCAGGUGGAUCCCACCGGUACAUUUUGUGCGAUGCCCGAUGAUUGGCUGAGAAAGAAAUUGGUGGAAACUGCCAGGCCACCUACAACGGCCGAGCUGGGAAGCAUUUUCUUUGUAAACGCCGUGCCGUUUAUUGUUUUCGGGUUUCUGGACAACUUCAUCAUGAUUGUGGCUGGUGAAUACAUUGACUAUUAUUUGGGUCACUUCAUAACACUCUCAACAAUGGCGGCCGCUGGCCUGGGCAAUACGAUAAGCGAUGUUUUGGGCAUUUCAAUGGCCACUUAUGUUGAAAACGGUUGUCAGAUAAUUGGACUCCGACCACCAAAAUUAACCCCCGCACAAUUCGAAUUAAAAUCAAGCAGACGCGCGUCAAGUUGGGGGCGUAUAAUCGGCAUUACCAUAGGUUGUCUGCUCGGCAUGUGUCCACUGUGGUUCUCAAAAGAUGAGCCGAAGCCAGAGGAAGCCGAGAAAGGAGACUCAAAAAGUAUUGCCUAAUUAUGGGCUAACUGCCGGUGUAAUGGUUUAAUUCAGUACUUAAUUAGUGUAGCGUCAAUUAUGUUGCUGUUAUAUUAAUGUGUCUUUUUAUAUUUAAGUUUACAACUCAUUUACUCAAUAGCCUGUUUAAAUCCUACGACUUGCCUAAUAACUAUAUUGUGAGCCAUAAUAACGAAAAAAUAUGAAACUCAGAGUACCUACUGACUAACUAUUAUUAACAUAAUGUACCUAAUAAUUGUACAAAGUCUUUAUUGAGUUUGUCACCUUGAAGUACUGAUUUCGACUGCACGCACGUCCCUAGAAUUUAUUAAGCGAAUUUGGGCUAAUGCUUUAUAGAGGAGGCUUCAGCAAUACUCAACGAAAUAUUAGAUGAAUGCAUGUAUAAAUUGUUAGUGCUAGCAUAGUGACAAAGUAGCUGCAAAUGGUCCAAUCAGAUUAUCAAUAUAAACGUACUUGUAAAACAAACUAUGUGCAGAAAUUAAAUCAAAAUUAAAAAGUACCCAUAUAUGUAUGUAUGUGAGUAGAGUUUCAUAGUGCGCGAGAUAUUAAAAAUGCUUUACAGGUUUUACUCAGUGUGACAUACUUCGGGUCAAAGUUUAGCAUGUGUGUGAAACGUAGGUCUUAUUUUAUUAAAACUAUUUUGAUUAGAGCAAAAACAGCAAAAAAAAAAAAGCCAAUAUAUAUGUUUGGGCGAUUAUUACGGAAUCAUUUUUUGCGCACUAUGGAUUCUAAAACAUGAAAGUAAACUGCCUUUCACGAAUAACACCAAAUUAUCAAAUAUAUAGUGAUUGUCUUCUUCAAAUUGUCCCACUGUAAAGUGCCUCUAACGCUUCAACUAGUACUCUUUCCACAUGUAUUCCAAAGCACAAAGUGCUGCUUUAUAUCAACAAGAAACUUUAGUAGGCAACAUAUAGUAUGUAUAAUGUAAAAGUCCAAAUUGUAGAGAGCUUAUUAAUAAAAGUGUACAUUUAACAAGGAAAUAAAUCAAAAAGCUUCAA